AUGUUCUCCCGCUGGGAUGCCGCGAACGAUCAUGGCGAUUCUGAAUCUGGCGGUUCGGGCAGGGACGGUCGCAAGGACGACUCGGAGUCGGAAUCAACGGUUAAGGAGCUCCGCGAUUCGAUCUUACUAACGGCGUGCGACAACGCGCCGCUGGAGGCGCUGGAGAUUGGGUCGCAGGCGCGCGACCCUGGCGACGCGUACGACGUUUUGCCGCUGCUGGCGAUGCCCCUGCGACUGGUGGGAUCUGGGCGAAACAGCAUGCCGAUUUCGUGGAGGAUUGUAACCAUCGCAGCAGACGACGAGCUCGUGACGAGCGGCAAGCUGAAACAUUCCCUGGGCGAUUUGUUGGAUCGCGUUCGCGAGUGGGCGAACAAAACAGAGUUCUUUGGCGAAAUCGUGCCACCAGGUCUCUCCUCCAGUCCCCGUUCUCCCUCUACCUCGCCCGCGGAAGCAGCAGAAGCAAGGGAAAGCAGAUCCGGACUUGAAGACUCAGCGGAUCUGAGAGCAAAGGCCCAGGGGAGGGGCGCGUGGGGCGGUGGAAGCGGCGGAAGCAGAGGGGGAAAUGCCCUUAUACGGAGCUCAAGAAUCGACGGUCGAGAUUCGAUGAUCGGCCAUGUGACGUUAGGAGCGGAGGAACCUGACGAGUGGGGGAUGUCAAAAGAGGAAGCAGAGGAGGCAGAGCGAGCGGAGCAGGCGGCAAGGCAAGCGAGGGAAGCGGAGCAGGCGGAGCAAGCAAAGGAGGCGGAGCAGACGGUGCUGCAUGCUCACAGCACUCACGACUUGAAGGACGGGCAUCACAGUCACGACUUGAAGGACGGGCAUCAUCACAGUCACAAAGACUGGCUUCACAUUCAUGACUUUGUUUCGAUGGUGAAACACAAGGACUGGCUGCACAGCCACGAUAUCAAAGACUGGCUUCACACUCACGACUUUGCUUCGAUGAUCAAGCACCACAGCGACGGGCAUCACAGCCACAAAGACAGUCAUGAUGCUGCUUCGAUAGUGAAGCACAAGGACGGGCAUCACGGUCAUGACCGGCUUCACAUUCACGACUUUGUUUCGAUGAUGAAACACCACAAGGAGGGGCUUCACAGUCACGAGGCUGCCUUGACAAUGAAGCACAAGGACGGGCAUCACAGUCACGACUGGCUUCACAUUCACGACUUUGUUUCCAUGAUGAAACACCACAGUGAAGGGCAUCACAGUCACGACUUGAAGGACAGGCAUCACGGUCAUGACUUCAAGGACUGGCUGCACAAUCACGGCUUUGCCUCCAUGAUGAAGCACCACAGGGACGGGCAUCAGAGUCACAAAGAGAGUCACGAUGCUGCCUCAAUAAUUACACACCACAGCGACGGGCAUCAUCACGGUUAUGACUUCAAGGAGUGGCUGCACAAUCAUGGCUUUGCCUCCAUGAUGAAGCACCACAGCGACGGGCAUCACAGCUCUGAGUCUGCCGGUCGGAUGACAGUUUCUGCUGCUACGGAUGCAGCAGCAGCAGCAGCAGCAGCGGCGGCGGCAGCAGCAGAAGCAGCGGCGGAAUCUGUAGAGUCACCAGGCGUUGUGGGAGUCAAGGCUACAGAUACAGUUGCUGCGGUUGCUGAGAGUGGGCAUGCUGUGGCAGAAACUGUGGCUGGAACUGUGGCAGAAACGGUAGCGGGAACUGGAGCACGGCCUUUUGCGCACCCAGCUCACUCCUCCUCUCCCAGCCACUGCCCCCCGCCGCUUUCUAAGUUGACUCUAAAGUCACACCCUCCCCCACUAUCCCCUCCUCUCACUCCCUCCUCUCCCUCCCUUCCUCUCCCUCCCUCAUCCCCAUCCCCUCUCACUCCCCAUUCCUUCACCGCCUCUCUAUCCCCCGCUGCUCGCUUUUCCAGCCUGAAAUCACCUGCUACUUCCACAGCGUCUUCGCCAACAACCGCCUCCCCUUCUGCUCACCGCUCAAACCUCAAAUCAGCCAGCGCCAACGCAGCUUCUUCUGAGUCACUUUUGGAGACCCUAUCCCUCUCCGCUCACCGCUCAAACCUCAAAUCAGCCAGCGCCACCGCAGCUUCGUCAGAGUCACUUUUGGACUCUCUAUCCCCCUCUGCUCGCCCCUCCAGCUUGAAACCCACCAGCACCACCGCAGCUUCUCCAAGGCUCAGCAAGCGGGUGUCCUGGAACCUUGUCCCAGACAGCCCAAACCUUGUCCCAGGAAACGAAGGGGAUAGCCCAUCUGCUGCUGCCAGUGCAGCAUCUGCAGGGGGACUCAUCAAGCUCACCAGCGAUCUUAUCAAAAACAUUUCUUGCCGGCCCACCCAAUGCACCUGCUCCCGCAGCAGCACAGGUGUCAACAGCAGCAUGGAUGUGCUAGAUGAUUUCGGCAAGAAAGGGCGAGCACAAGGGGUGGCCUUUAUUGGAGAAGACGUCAGCUGGAAGGUAGCAGGCGAUUUCAAGCUAGCGCGGCGCGCAGCGGGGGAGGCCACUUUUGGAGAAGCAGCCGCCAAGGUAGCCGGUGACUUCAAGCUAGAGCGGGGAGCAGCAGAGGAGGCCACUUUUGGAGAAGUAGCCGUGAAAGUAGCGGGUGUUUUCAAGCUAGUGCGGCGAGCAGCAGGGGAUUGGGAGGCGGUGGAGGAGUGUGAGGGAGUGAGAGGAAGGGAUUGGGAUGCGGGAGUGAGAGGUGGGCAUGGAGGUGAGGGAGUAAGAGGAGGGAAUUGGGACGAGGAAGUAAGGGGAGAAGAUCGAGAGGAGGGUGUGAGAGGAGGAGAUUGA